AUGACCUCCCUCCAACCUUUCCUCACGUCUCUACUCAAAUCCUUGCCCCCUCCCCCUGCUGCACAAGAUGUCCUUAAUGAACUCAUAAAGAAGACUCUACAGGACGCGAAAGACAAAGCGUCUCCAGAAAAUCGAAAGAGUCAAUGGGAAUACUUGCUCAAGAAUGAAAUAUUUAUUCUUGCCUCGAAGGAAGGCCAGGCUCUCAAAGACCCAAACACGAAAUAUUACGACGAGUUACGCGACAAGCUUGACGUGGUUCUCACAUUCACGGAGCACGAUGCCUGCGAGCAAACCUUCCCCUUCAUAGUCCUCCAAGACCUCCUUGAGACCCAGACGAUCGCCUCUUGUUCUCACAUCUUCUCAUGGAUCGAGGCUCGGGCUGAGAGACUAACUGAGGGAAUGGUUCCGCAGAAGGGCAAAGCACUUAUCCUCUUACGUACGCUGAACGACCUGCUACGCCGUCUUUCUAAGAUGGGGACCACGACAAUCUUCUGUGGUCGAAUCUUGACCUUUUUGAGUGGCGUUUUCCCUCUUGGUGAGAGAAGUGGUGUAAAUCUCCGGGGCGAGUAUGGACCCACAUGGGAGGGCGUUAGUCUGGGGGAGAAAACCAAGGCGGAUGAUAAACAUGUGGAGAUGGAAGUUGCGAAAAGCCUGGAGGAGCCCGAAUCGAAGGAAGGUGAGGCGCAGGGUGAUAAGAUGCAGGUUGACUCCAAAGAGGUGAAAAAGCCGGUGCCAACGGAAGGUCUUGCCGAGAAAAAGGAUGCAUUUUACAACACAUUCUGGGCCCUUCAGCUGCCCUUUUCCAAGCCUCCCCUUUUCGCUGCAGAUGGCACGUUCGAGGACUUUAAGGAACGCGUCAACAAAGUCAUGCCUGUCAUAAAGGAGGCCACUGCUAAAGAAAGGGCGAUGAUGGGAAGCAGAGGUGUAGCAGGGACUGGAGCUUCCCUCAAGCGGAAGAGAGACCUCGACAGUGAAGAGUCGAACUCAAACGAAUAUUUCUUCGCGAAAUUCCUCACGAGCCCUGACCUUCUCGACUUGGAGAUCGCCGAUACCCAUUUCCGUCGCCAAUUUCUGUUCCAACUCCUAAUUCUGCUCAAUCACCUUCUGACUUUCACUAAAACCGCUAAAGCGGCUUGGACCUCCACACGCAACCGAUCACUGCAGAUGGACUUCACGCUCGAGGACAACGAAGCUCAAUGGGUUCAAGAAUCUAUUACCAAGGUUACUGAGGAGUUACGGCAAACAACCCCCAAUGGGCGGAUCUUUGCAGAAACUAUCAGCGCCAUUUUAGAUAGGGAGAAGAACUGGGUUCGAUGGAAAAAUGAGCUUUGUGCUCCUUUUGACAAGGAGCCUUGGUUUGUCGAGCAAGAAGGAAAGUUCCUUGAUUUGUUCGAUGCAACUGCGCCUAUUCGGGCGAAGAUGAGGGAACCACCUGAGGACUGGAAAUGGCAAUUGGGCACGGAACCAUUGACUGAAAUAUGGGACAUGGGCUACAGAGAUUUGACUGAUCUCCAGAAUCCAUUCCAGCCUGGCGACGUGAAAGAUUUCGUCAAGAAAAUCAAACAAGAAGAUGCACGCAUUGAAUUGCGAAAAAGAAAUUUGACCAAGACCGCAGAGCGCCUCGCCCUGGCACAAGCUAGAGCUGCAGCUGCAAAGGCAGCUGUGACUACAGAAACGAAGGAAACGGUUCCGUCAGCGAGUACCUCAGCUGAAACGUUGUCCGCUCCCCGACCCUUAGUCGGAUCAAAUCAAACGAGCUCUUCUCUUCAUCCUUCUCUUCCUCCGAAACCUGGUUCCCCGGUGAAGCCAUCACUUUCUCAAGAUACCGUACGGAAUGCAACACCCGCGCCAGCUGUACCAGUUAUAGCUAUAGCUGCUCCAGUGCCCGCUCCUUCGCCUGCACCAACGCCGGCACCCACAGCAGCUCUUCCUGAUGAGCAAAUAUCGAAAUUUGAGGAGAAUAAACAACGAUGGUCAUGGCUCGCGCUCCGUACAGCCCGCGAUCAAUAUUUGCAACAUUUCGGAAAGAUAGGAACUGGGGACAUUGAACUUCUCGCGCAGGAAAUUGAGAAGGAAAAAGAGAAGCCCCAAAAGGGAGAGGAGUGUUCAGGGUUCAAUUCCUUUCGCUCCCCUACGCUCCCUACCGUGCCAAGACCGCGUCAACCACCUAUGGCGACACACACAUCUCCCCUCAAA